CGCUUCUGAUGGUCCGACGCAGCAUCCUGUGGGUGUUCCCGCUCUCGUCGCAGUACUCGUCUUUUUGACUUUAUCAGCCGGCUCGUCUGCGCCGACGGAGCAGAGAUCGUCCUGUUUCCAGUGGCGGAGACCAGGUGGGAGUACCUGCACGCAAGGGAAUGCACAUAAGUAGCUGAGAAACUGACAAUCUGAAAAACACCAAUGGAAAACCAUUUCAGCUUCGAGGAGGGCAGUGACGUGUCCUAUGAAGACAAUGACUCCGCCUUCCCCUCUCCAGUCCGACUGACUCCACCAGGCCACAGCAGCAUCCAUGACCUGGCGAAGAGGAGGGAGGACGGGGAGGAGGAGGAGGAUGAGCCACCUGUGGCGGUCAUCAUCCCCCCCAGUGGUUCAGAGGCUUAUCUGAACGUGAACACCAAUGCCACCACAAGAGGGGACGCUCAAGCCUACGUGGAGCUGAACGAGCUCCAGGGCAACACCUGGCAGGAGACCAGCCGCUGGGUGGGCUUCGAGGAGAACCUGAACCCCGCCACCGGGAAGUGGGGUCCUUCUCACGUCUCCUACCUCACCUUCAAGAGUCUGAUCCAGCUCCGCAGGACCAUGGCCACAGGCACUGUCAUUUUCGACAUGAACGCCAACAGUCUGUCCUCCGUGGCCGAGAAGGUGGCCGACGAGCUGCUGAACAGGAAUGAGAUUCGCGCCAGCGAUCGGGACGGCCUGCUGAGGGCUCUCCUCAUGAGACGCAGUCAGGUAGAGGGACCUGUGGUUACAGCUUCCGGAGACAUUCAGAUGCAGACAUUUUCUGUUACCCAGAAGAGGGACACCUCUGACAACAUGGAGGCCUCAGUUGUCCUCUCAGGUGUCCUGGACUUGCUGGAGAAACCAGUGGUGGCUUUCGUCAGGCUGAGGGACUCUGUGGUGAUGCAGUCGGCUCUGGAGUCUCCGGUCCCCGUUCGCUUCGUCUUCAUCCUGGUGGGGCCGAGCCAGAGCGGGAUGGACUACAGCGAGAGCGGGCGAGCCAUGGGUGCUCUGAUGGCUGACUGGGUGUUCUGUCUGGAAGCCUUCCUGGCCCAGACGGACAAAGACCUGACCAACGCCAUCGCUGACUUCAUGGACUGCAGCGUUGUGAUUCCUCCCACUGAGAUCCAGGACUCGGCGAUGCUGGAGCCGGUCAUCGAUUUCCAGAGGAAGAUGCUGCGCGACAGACUCCGCCCCAAUGACACCCGUCUCGCAUUUGGCGACAGGGUCAAAGUUGAGAAAGCUCCCGUGGAGCCGAGGGAGGAUCCUCUGGCCCGUACUGGCUAUCCUUUUGGCGGGAUGGUGAAGGACGUUAAGCGGCGUUACCGCCACUACAUCAGCGACUACACAGACGCGCUGAACCCUCAGGUCCUCGCGGCGGUCAUCUUCAUCUACUUCGCCGCCCUGUCCCCGGCCAUCACCUUCGGAGGACUUCUGGCCGACAAAACAGAUAAAAUGAUGGGCGUGUCAGAGCUCAUGAUCUCCACCAGCAUCCAGGGUGUCAUCUUCUGCCUCAUCGCCGCCCAGCCUGUCCUCGUCAUCGGCUUCUCUGGACCACUGCUGGUGUUUGAGGAAGCUUUUUACGCCUUCUGCAAGUCCCAGGGCAUUGAAUACAUUGUGGGUCGUAUCUGGGUGGGGAUGUGGCUGAUAGUGAUCGUGACCAUCAUCGUGGCCGUGGAAGGCAGCUUCCUGGUCCGAUUCAUCUCGCGCUUCACCCAGGAAAUCUUCUCCAUCCUCAUCUCGCUCAUCUUCAUCUAUGAGACCUUCAAUAAGCUCAUCAAGAUCUUCAAAACCCACCCUCUGAUCCUGAACUACGACCAUCUGAACACCACGCUGGACAACCCCUUCCACCCGAUCAUCACCGAGCACGUGGAGUACCAUUCAGACGGCAACAUAACCGUGCACGAGCUGGAGGUUGAGAGGCCCUACCCCAACACCGCCCUGCUGUCAAUGUGCCUGAUGUUUGGUUGCUUCUUCAUUGCGUUUUUCCUCCGUCAAUUCAAGAAUGGUCAUUACUUUCCAGGCCCGAUCCGUCGUCUGAUUGGAGACUUCGGUGUCCCCAUCGCUAUCUUCUUCAUGAUCGCUUUGGAUAUCUGCAUUGAGGAUGCUUACACUCAGAAACUGGUUGUGCCAAAAGGUAUUGAGGUGACCAACCCCAAAGCAAGAGGCUGGUUCAUCAACCCCAUGGGCGAGAAAAAAGACUUCCCAAUCUGGAUGAUGGGUGCCUGCUGUGUACCUGCGCUGCUCGUCUUCAUCCUCAUCUUCCUCGAGUCCCAGAUUACCACCCUGAUUGUGAGCAAACCCGAGAGGAAGAUGAUGAAAGGAUCUGGUUUCCACUUUGACCUGCUCCUGCUGGUCAGCAUGGGAGGCGUCGCGUCCAUUUUCGGGGUGCCCUGGCUGAGCGCCGCCACCGUGCGGUCCGUCACCCACGCCAACGCCCUCACCGUCAUGACCAAGGGCCCGAAACCAGAGAUCGAGAAAGUGAUCGAGCAGAGGAUCAGUGGCUUCCUCGUGGCCAUCCUGGUUGGCGUUUCUAUUUUCAUGGAACCCAUACUGAAGAUGAUUCCCAUGACGGCCCUGUUCGGCAUCUUCCUCUACAUGGGCAUCACCUCUCUGAGCGGAAUCCAGAUGUGGGACAGGAUUCUACUGCUGAUCACACCAAAGAAAUACCAUCCCGCUGAUGCCUACGCCACCAGGGUCAAGACGUUGCGGAUGCAUCUCUUCACUCUGAUCCAGCUGGUGUGCCUGGGCAUCCUGUGGGUGGUGAAGAUCAGUCCCUUCUCUCUGGCCCUGCCAUUCGUUCUCAUUCUCACCAUCCCACUGCGCAUGUUCAUGACCGGCACGCUCUUCACCGUCAAGGAGAUGAAAUGUCUGGAUGCAGAUGACGCCAAGGUGGCGCUGGAUGAUGAGCCUGGGGAGGAAGCUCUAAUGGCAUAACCGUCACCACGCCAUUAAUAUUUAACUCGCAAACUCUUCAAGUGAAGUCAGUUAUUGAUUACAAGUCAAACUGAAUACCGGGUAUCUUUGUAUCUUUACAAAUAACGCAUGUGUAAACAACUCUGUGCAGUUUCAAACUGUUCUGUUAUCAUUAUUUAUCUUUAAAGGAAAUUACCUCUCAUUAUUCCUGAAAUGUGUGUGAUCACAAUAUAAAAACAAACAGUCCAUAUUGUCAUCAAGAGGAAUCACUGCUCGUCAUACACUCUCAUUAUACAUAUUUCAUCUGUCCGUGUGGAAUCAAUUAAUUUCAAGCAUUAAGAUUAAGAAUUAAGUUGUUUUUUUUACUCUGGAUGUUUAUUUGUUUAAAUACGAAGUAGUAUUUGGAUCUUCUGGAACUUCUUCCUUUAGGACUUGAGAUAAAUUAAUAAUAUAAUAUAUAGAUUUUUUUUCUUCAAAUGCCUGACUGCAGAUUACAGAAGUGUUAAAGGUAGUAUGAUUUCACCUUACCUUAUGUUCACUAUUUAAGUUAAGCGAAUUUGUUGUAUUAGGCCAAUUACACUCGCACAAAUGAUUUUCUUUCUCUUUUUUCUCUGCGUUUGCUGCAGACAUUAGACUUUCCCCUGAUUAUUCUUAAAAGAUGUUGAAGCGGUGUUACUCAAUGUUGCUUUCAUUUAAUAUAUUGUGUAUGGUUUACUGAACACUUUGGUCUUUCCUCUUCAGGAGACCUGUAUAACGCACUUAUAGAUUUGAUUUUGAAACGUGUACCUGCUUUUGUUAUUAUAAAAUGGGGUGUGCAGGAAAUGGUGGAUAUACUUGUUUGAGCUGAACUUGUUGCACUAAUAAUCAUGGAAAAAACGUUAUUUGUGAAUGUAUCUUAUCGUGUUGCCUAUCAUGUGUUUGUGUGCUUGAAACACUGUACAUCCUUUGGAUUUACACUUUAUUCAAAAAUAAAAAAAACAGCCUAUAAAA